AUGGCCAGGCUCGACAUGGGCGACAUGCUGCCCAAGGAGGCUAUCAGCCAGCGUAUCACCGGCGACACGCAGUUUAUGUUCCAGUUCUACAAGCCCUGCAUUCACUACUUUGAGCCGUCCUCGCUGAUAUCGACCAUGAACGAGCCACGUCUCCGCCAGUCGCUCAAAGUUGCCCUGCAAACCUGCCCGCUGCUGUUCUCGCGGUUCGUUGUACAGCCGGACCUUUCGGUAACCCUCGACUACUCUCCGACGAACCCGAACCUGCCGACGCUGGAGUUUGCACACUCCCGGCUGACAUUCCGCGAGGUGCGCAGCAACAACUUUGCAUAUGCCAUGGACACCCCCAUGCUGAUGGCGAAGGUAACGUACAUGUCCGACGGCGGCAUUGCCAUGUUCUCAAUGACCAACCACGUGGCCUUUGAUGGCAGCGCCAUGUUCCACUUCCUGGCGCACUGGGCGAAAUGCUGCCGCGCCAUCGGCACGCACACCACGGUGGCCAGGCCGGCCGAGCUCGAGCCGUAUGCAGUCUCCCUGGUGGCCCACACGGACAGGGACCCGGAGUGCGGCCCGCAGGAGAUUUCGGUGGACGCAACGCGGACGCCGCAGCAGCUCAUGUUAGCCAACACCAAGAGCGUCAGCGAGCUGCAGGCGUGCGUGUUCAGCAUUAGCCUGGCCAAUGUCCAGAGGUUGAAGAAGCAGACCGAGCAGAGCGGCGUGCUGGACAACGACGAGUGGGUGUCGAGCAAUAAUGCCGUCGCCGCAUUCGUGUGCCAGUGUGUGGCGCGCGCCAACACCGACGCCCAGGUAUAUGAAGCCCAGGACUGGACAUUCUUCCAGUCUCUGGAUAUGCGCCACCCCCUGGGCCUGCCGACCGGCGGACUCGGGUCGCCGCUCAUUCUGGCCGAAUGCAGCGUGCCGCUGGCGGCCAUAUACGAGCCCGCACAGCUGCCCGAGAUCACGCGCACUAUCCGCCAGUGCGUGAACAAGUACGACAAGACGUACUGCCAGGAGGCCAUGGACUGGAUGAACUCGUCAUACGCCUGCCUUGCCAAGACUGUUGGCGAGCCAUGGCGCCAUUUCUGGUUCACGGCACUGAACACGAAUCGCACUGCCGUCGGUGUCUCGUGCAUGAACAGGAUUCCAAUCUAUGAUGUGGAUUUCGGGGCUGGCAGACCGGUCAUGGCUAGGUCGUUCAACCCACGCCCCAACUACAUCAUUGUGUUUCCGGGCCCGCCAGCCAUGACGGCACGGUAUGCGGCGAUGCCAAUGGCGUAUGACUCGCUGCAUUUGUAUGUCACGCUGGAGAAGCCGGCGAUGGAGGCACUGCGCAGCGACAAAGAGUGGUGCCGGAUGUGCUCUGUUGUCAGCGAAUUCUGA